AUGGUCGCUUUGGCAGAUUCUUCUCAUGUAUCUGUUAUUUCAGCAGUCCAAAAUUGCAACAGAUGGACUCCACCUCCUCGCGGUAUGUAUAAAGCGAAUUGUGAUGCUAGCUUUGCCUCCAAAGGCAAGAAGACUUCCUUGGCAGUGAUCUUGCGGGAUUGGACAGGUCAAUUUAUAGAUGGUGUUGUCUCCACAGUCCACACAUCUUCAGUCACUCAAGGCGAAGCUCGCGCCAUCUGGUUAGCAUGUAUGUUUCUCCAGGCUCUUGGACUCUCAAAUGUCCAGGUGGAAAGUGAUUGCAAAUCAGUUAUUGACUUAUGUGUCUCUAAACUGGUUCCUCCAUGGGAGUGCCUUGCAUACGUAUCUGACAUUCGGUCCAUGGGCCAAGCUUCCUCCUUUUCUUUCUCAUGGGUGCCUACAAUAGCUAAUUCUGUGACCCAUUGGCUUGCCUCCUCAAAAUUGCAAGAUGUUCUCCCUUUAGAUUGGAUUAGGAAUCCCCCUCUGUAUUUGAGGAACUUGCUUGUAUCUAAUUCUCUUGUUACUUGA